UGUUUACGUGGACACGGAGCGUUCUUUUGGCUGAAGAAGUCGCCGGUAGCUGUCUACGUGGAAUUUGUAUUUACUUUCUGUACCCUGGGUCAACAGGGGCAUCGGUUUUGGUGAACAACUAAUUUUUCUUCAUACUUCAUAUCUUACCGAUUUUUCAUUACACAAAUAUGGCUGCAGAAGAGAUCCUUGUGACAGGUGGAGCGGGUUAUAUUGGGAGUCACACCGUCUUGGAACUGGUAGAAGCAGGCUACAAGCCAGUGGUCGUCGACAACUUUGUAAAUUCUAUGAAAGGGAGCAAUGGUCAACCAAUAAGUAUAUGUCGAGUUGAAGAAAUUACAGGGAAAUCUAUACCAUGUUAUGAAGUAGACAUUCUCAACAAGGCUUCAUUAACUGAUGUUUUCAAAAAGCAUAAUAUUACAUCAGUAAUUCAUUUAGCUUCACUAAAGGCUGUGGGAGAAUCAAUACACGAACCACUCCGCUACUAUAAGGUCAACGUUGGAGGCGCAAUUAAUCUGCUUGAGGUUAUGAAAGAAGAAGGAGUGAAAAACAUAGUAUUUUCAAGCUCAGCAACGGUUUAUGGUUUACCAGAGAAAUUGCCCUUGACAGAAGAACAUCCAGUGGGUAAAGGCAUCUCAAAUCCUUACGGAAAAACAAAGUUCUUCAUUGAGGACAUCCUGCGUGACUGCAAGCAAGCGGAUAAGGAUUUAAAUGUUGUCAUCCUGAGGUACUUCAAUCCAGUUGGUUCUCACAAGUCCGGCAAACUUGGUGAAGAUCCCCAGGGUCCUCCAGCAAACCUAAUGCCAUUUGUCGCACAGGUAGCAGUAGGACAACGACCUGAGGUCAAAGUGUUUGGCAAUGAUUAUGAUACACCUGAUGGAACAGGUGUUCGUGAUUACAUUCACAUUGUCGACUUGGCACAAGGUCAUGUCAAGGCUAUCGAGAAAUUAAAUGAGAACUGCGGCCUGAAAAUUUACAAUCUCGGAUCUGGCAAAGGAUACUCAGUACUAGAAAUGGUCAAAUCCCUUGAAAAGGUUUCAGGGAGAAAAAUACCAUACAAGAUUGUAGAAAGACGUGCCGGAGAUCUUGCAUCUGUAUAUGCUGACUCAUCAUUGGCUGAGAAAGAGCUGAACUGGAAGACAACAAGAGGUCUUGAUGAGAUGUGUGAAGACUUGUGGCGCUGGCAGUCAAACAACCCUAAUGGAUUCAAGUCAGAUUGUUAAAUCCUGAUUAAUUUUUUGUAAUUGUAAUUCAUCUUCUUGUAUUUUAUUGAUUAGUCUUUUCAUAAAUUGACAUUAUUUUAGAAAUUAUGUUGUAUUGGUACAGUACAACACAUUUCUCAAUCACUUGUUAUGUAUAACCUUUAACCUUUAAUGCUGGUUGGUAAUAGUUUGUCAUAGAUGCACAGCCUACCAUUAUUGUCUCCAUCAAUGCAUAAUUUGGGUACAAACAUUUCAAAACCCUCAACUUAAAUUUCAAGAAACUGACUUAUCUAGCGAUGUUACAGAUGGAUAGUUACCGUUAACUUCUCCAUUUUUAAUUUUUGAAUAAAGUGUGCUACAUACAGAAUUGUGUUUAUUAACAAGCCACAGUGUACAUAAAGAUAAAUAUUUUAACUUUUAUUCUUUUUAUUCUAACUCUCUUAAAUAUUGUCUACACGGUCAUAUUUCAUCAAAAAAGCAUUACAUAAAAUUUGAUGGAACGUUGAGUUGAACACGUUUAACAAUUUGAUGAUAUGCGAUAUGAUGUCAUCGUACCCAUAUAUGGGCACAUCACAUUUUUUUGUCACAUGAAAUUUGAUAGUGUUGACAAAGCUUAACGUCUGGUGCGGUAUGCACACACAGUGCUGAAAUUUCUUCGCAUGCAACUUCUGACGAAUGAUCGGUCGAAUUCUGGAGCCUUCCCGAUGGCGCCGGGGACAGCUACGCAGUACAACAAUUGCACGAAAAAACACUGUAGUGACAGUGUAGCGAUUUUAAUGAAACCAAGCUUAAGCUGACAAAGGACUUUUGUAUGCCCAUAUAUUAUGUGAUGUGCCUAUACAUGGUCAUGAUGUGCCUAUAUAUGGUCAUGAUGUGACAUCAUCAUGACCUUGUUUAGGCAUGUCACAUGUUUUGUCAAAUAACAUUUGAUUGUAUGGACAGGGUUUAAGAAAGCUUCUGGAUAAAAUGUAUUAACAUAGUAUUGACAAAUUUAAGUAUUAGAUGAUAUCUCAGGUGAAUGGGAAAUUUUUUUUAAUUUUUAAUUUUUCUUUUUUUUUUGUGCAAUAUUCUCCAGAAUGAUUGAAUUCAAUAAUUAUUUUAUUAAAUUUCUUGUUUUUCCCAAUAAAAUUAGAAUAUCAAAUAUGGUACAUUCUUUUUUCUUUUCAAUGUUUUUUUUUAAUUUAAAAAAAAAAACCAAAAUCCUCUGCUCAGAGAAAUAUAAAGCAUACAGUUUGACUGAGAUGAAAGAGAAAAAAAAGGCAGAGAAACUAGUAUAUAAAAAAGACUCCAUUUGACAUUUCAAAAACCUAAUGAAACUUCAUGACAUUUCAAAAACCAACUUAAGUAUAGACAAGGAUUUUCAAACCAUUUUAAAAGUAUAGUUUAGGUUACAUACAAUGUACGUUUUUUUUAAAUAAUACUUUAAUAUAUUUUUUUAAAUAUUUGAACACUUAAACAUAAGCUAUUAACAAAUUAGAUUGUUUCGAGACCAAAUACUGUAUGGCUUUCAGUCUUGAUUUAUAACAAUUAUUUUGUGAGCCAAAAAGAAUAUUUGUUUGUUUGAUUACUUAUUAAAUAGAGUAUUAUGAAAAAGAUGAUGUAUUUAAAAUUAAUAUAUAAUAUUGUAUAAUAAUAAUAUCCCUUGACUUUUUUUGUAUACAUACUGUAGGGAAUUCAUUUGAUAUGAUUUUGUCUUCCUUAUUAUUUUAAAUGAGUAUGUAACUAUCAUUAAAAGUUCUCACUCAAAGAACAAUAAAUGCUUUAUUCUGACAACAUGUA